UAAAAACAAUCGAUCCAUUCUCGUGUAUAGACUUGAAAACUUUAAUGGAGGUUGUCCAGAAAGCAGUUGUAGAAUGAGCAGAGAAGAAAGUCUUCAGCGAUUUUUAAAGAAAAUAAAGAAAGGCAGUAAAGCACAGAAUGUGUUGAUACUUGGUCAGUAUGGUUCGGGGAAAUCCACAUUUAUCAACACAGUCUGUGCCAGUUUGUCCGGAGAAUGGGAACCGUAUGCCUACGCCGGACAAUCAGGGGGUGAGGGACGUCAGACGACAUUCCACAUCCGAAUAAUCGACACAGAGCGUUGCAUGCCGGGAUGUUGGCGGAGAAAAUUGCCGACUCUGAUCGACACCCAAGGCUUUGAGGACAACCCGCAGGAAAUACAUAGAACUCUCCUGGAGUGGUUGUUAAAUGGUUACUUCUCUGACGGCGAGAGCAUCAAAAAGGCUGCUGACAUUUACAAAGAAUUUGAAAAAGCCGGUCUCUCUGGGGAAAAGGGACUCCAAGCAAAAUAUGGUUUCUUUAAAAGAAGAAAAGUUCAGAUAGAUAGAGUUGUCUUUGUGGCCUCUGCUAUGUCAAGCCUUCCACAAAACCUGCUGGAAUUGGUACGGAACACGACCAACUCUCCUAACAGAGCUAUACCACUUUAUGGAGUGUUGACACACGUGGACAAAGUUAAUGAGAGAAGUGAUUCUUUCCUCAGGACAAGAAGAGAAUUUCAGAAUAAGCUGGGACUGACCAAUGAUCGAUAUUUACAGUGUACUAACUACUGUGAUGACUUUUAUUCUGAGGUACACAGCAGGUAUCAUCCAUGCCAAGACAUAGAUAUCCCCGUCAUUGAAUUCAUGACCCAGGUUUGUAAUCCUGUUGCAAUUACCAUUCAUCACAAAAUUACCCGAAGAUACAACCCUUGCUUCAAAGCUGGAUUAGUGAUGUGUAUUAUAUCCUCCCUAAUAAUGAUAUCCAUUUAUUUUUCAAAGCCUGAUAAUUUUACACACAUAGACGUCUUUUAUUUGUACUAUGACUUUGUGAUUAGGCAUAUAAUAGAAAUUAAAGAAGAACCUGACAUAAAACAUGAUAAUUAA